AUGAACUCUUCUAUUGCUUCUGGUGCUUCUUAUUCUAGUUUGGCUGUUGAAUCCUUGUUGAGUUUUAACUUAAAUGCUCUCCUCGAAGAUGGGACUUCUCUGUCUUCUGUUUCUGAUGAGAUCUCGGAUACUACGGGUUUAGAUGAUUCUUCUAUAUCAUCAUGUCAAACAUAA